AUGUCAGUCAAAUUCCAGGUGCGUGAUAGCAUAUCUUCAAAAGGCGAUUUUGUUUUAACAGUGUUCUGGAAGGGUCGUGCUAUACAUUUUCAAAUAAACCGAAUAUCUUCAUCAAACAGCUCAACCGGCUUUCUCUUUCAGUUUGAAGAUGAGCAAUUCGAAAGUGUUUCGGAUUUGAUUUCAUUUUAUCAAAGCCAUCGACGAGCAGUAACCCUCACAAGCGGCUGUAUCAUCUCCAAUCCUGUCUCCAAAUCGAAUUCUAUCACCAAUAUCCCUGAACCUUACAAAGAAAUCGAGGAGAACUAUGUUAAAAUGUUUUUCCCGCAACGUGCUCGGAACGGCAUUGAUCGAUGUCUGAGUCAACAAGUUCUGUUGAAUCAAGCAAGCAAGUUUUUGAAUCGUGCCUCUUCAACAUCGAACGUUAACACAGUAAACGCUAGUCACCCGUCGCCGAAACAACAUAUGACUCUUUCGGCACUGCUCAAUCGACCACUACCCACUCCUCAACGAGCACCACUGAAGGAAGAUCAAUCUGAAUAUUGUGAAUUGGAUUAUGAUACGAUGGAAUCACCCGUGCAAACGCCAACUUCAAACGCCGAGGAAUGUGGAAACGAUGUGCUGGAUGCGUCCACAUCUUCAAUGGUUCGCCGUCUGGAGCACUCCUCGUUGACAUCGCUGAACUCACUCAAAACACCUCCUCCGUUCUCCAACGCCAACACCAUCUCACAAUCCUGUCAAGAUGUCAGCAAGCAAACCAGCAACACUCAACUCCACUGGCGUAUUCCCAGGACCGAUUCAGCACCGUUGUUACCUGCUCGAAAGCCAUCGCUGCCCACUCGUGAUAGUGGUUGCAUUGCGGACAGCUCGGAUUACGAUCAACCCAAAGCGUCGAAUUCUUUCGAUCAGCCGUCGUUGAUCGAUGCCGUUCAUUAUCGUUCAUCGCUAAUUGACAUCGACAAUCGACCUCUAACCAAGGAGCUUGUCGAAAAACUUAGGUUACUAUUCUGUAUUAAAUACUUUUGA